GGGCAUGCUGCGCGCGUACGUACGUGUGUGUUGGAUGGCCUGCGCGGCGACGGCGACGAUCGGCAGCAAAGCAAGCAGCUAAUAUAAUCGAUGACAACACCACCCCUCUCUCGUAGUAUAUAUUCAAUGUGCCCGUCGCGUCGCGUGCAUUCAAGGGUCUCCCCGCGCAAGUAGGUGAGGAAAGCCGAGGCUCCAGCUGCCCGUCGGGUUUGGAGCGGUCCGCUCGACCAACCAACGACCCCUGACGGCAAUUUAUGGGUGGGUUAGUUCCGGUCCGGUCCGGCUUCAGUCGACUCCACGCAGCAGCAGCCACUCUGCUAGGGGCAGCCGUCGGUCAGUGGAGUGUUGUGGGUAUUGAUUGCCGUCCGUCGACGGCUUCAAUCGCUGCCCGUUCCGGUGCGACUGCCCGACUGCUAUAUAGGCAUGCACAUAGCCUCGCGCUCUAUCGCAACCCUGCACUGCGUGCGCUCCAUGUGACUCUCACUUAUUUCUCCUGUCAGCGCAGCAGCAGCAGCAGCAGCCUACUACUACUACUACUGCUUUUACCGGCCGGUGGAUCGGAUCACCAAACCGGAACGACAGCGAUGGAGGCCGGGACGUGGGCGGCGGCGGCCGUGGCGGCCGUGGCGCUGUACGUGGCCUGGUUCUGGCGGAUGUCGCGCGGGCUCAGCGGGCCGCGGGUGUGGCCGCUGCUCGGCAGCCUGCCGGGGCUCGUGCAGCACGCCGAGGACAUGCACGAGUGGAUCGCCGCCAACCUGCGCCGCGCGGGGGGCACGUACCAGACCUGCAUCUUCGCCGUGCCCGGGGUGGCGCGCCGUGGCGGCCUGGUCACCGUCACGUGCGACCCCCGGAACCUGGAGCACGUCCUCAAGGCGCGCUUCGACAACUACCCCAAGGGCCCCUUCUGGCACGCCGUCUUCAGGGACCUGCUCGGGGACGGCAUCUUCAACUCCGACGGCGACACCUGGGUGGCGCAGCGCAAGACGGCCGCGCUCGAGUUCACCACGCGCACGCUCCGCACCGCCAUGUCGCGCUGGGUCUCCCGCUCCAUCCACGCCCGCCUGCUGCCCAUCCUCGCCGACGCGCACGUCGUCGACCUGCAGGACCUCCUGCUCCGCCUCACCUUCGACAACAUCUGCGGCCUCGCCUUCGGGAAGGACCCCGAGACGCUCGCCCGGGGCCUCCCCGACAACGCCUUCGCCUCCGCGUUCGACCGCGCCACGGAGGCCACCCUCAACCGCUUCAUCUUCCCCGAGUGCGUCUGGCGCUGCAAGAAGUGGCUGGGCCUCGGCAUGGAGACCACGCUGGCGCGCAGCGUCCGCCACGUCGACCGCUACCUCUCGGCCGUCAUCAAGGCGCGCAAGCUCGAGCUCUCCGCCGCCACGAGGAAGGACCUCCUCUCGGCCACGCCGCACGACGACCUCCUCUCGCGCUUCAUGCGCAAGGGGACCUACUCCGACGAGUCGCUGCAGCACGUGGCGCUCAACUUCAUCCUCGCCGGCCGCGACACCUCCUCGGUGGCGCUCUCCUGGUUCUUCUGGCUGGUCUCCACGCACCCCGCCGUGGAGCGCAACAUCGUGCGCGAGCUGUGCGCCGUCCUGGCCGGGUCCCGCGGCGUCGAGGACCCGGCACUGUGGCUCGCCGCGCCCUUGGACUUCGAGGAGCUCGACCGCCUCGUCUACCUCAAGGCGGCGCUCUCCGAGACGCUCCGCCUGUACCCCUCCGUGCCUGAGGACUCCAAGCACGUCGUCGCCGACGACGUCCUCCCGGACGGCACGUUCGUGCCAGCGGGCUCCUCGGUCACCUACUCCAUCUACUCGGCGGGGCGCAUGAAGACGGUGUGGGGGGAGGACUGCCUCCAGUUCCGCCCCGAACGCUGGCUGUCGGACGACGGCACCAGGUUCCAGCCCCACGACUCGUACAGGUUCGUGGCGUUCAACGCCGGCCCGCGGAUAUGCCUGGGCAAGGACCUCGCCUACCUGCAGAUGAAGAACAUCGCCGGGAGCGUGCUCCUCCGCCACCGCCUAACCGUCGCGCCGGGCCACCGCGUCGAGCAGAAGAUGUCGCUCACGCUCUUCAUGAAGCACGGGCUCCGCAUGGAGGUGCGCCCGCGCGACCUCAGCGUCGUCAUCGACGAGCUCCGCGGCGCCGGGGAGUACGACGCGGCGGCAAGAGCCACCGCGGCCUCCGCAUAGAGGUUCGUGCAGUGCAGGUCGGGAAGGAAACCAACGGACAGAUUGGAAACGUCAAAUGAAAAGUUAUGUAGAUAUUGACAGUAAGUAAUUAAAGAGUUUGGUGAGGUAUAUUACUCAAUUGGGAACAAAAAUGCAUGUGUAAAAAGUCCAUAUCAUUUUGAUUUGCAUUUGAAUGGGAGGACGAAGAAAAGCGGGCCGGAGAGCAAUAAUAACUCUCUCAUGUAACCUGACGGGGAGGCGCCAAAUUGGUUUCGGCAGCUUGUGUUAAUGGGCCGCCAAAACUGUUGUUGUUUGUAAAAACAAAACUCAAGCGAUCAUUCAUUCGAUCACUUUUAGCCUUUA